AUGAAGAAAAUUAAUCAAUAAAUGCAAAAAAUAGCAGGUCGUAUUAGUUUUUAGGAAUCUCCAUAACGAUUGGAAAAGAAAGCUUUAAAAAAUUCUACUAAACCUGUUAAAACAGAAAGACCUUAAUAAAAAGGAAAAACAAAAUUAUACGAUUAUUUUAAAAAAGAAAGGAAUUCUUUAGCUUAAGCUGUUAAUAAUAUUCGGGCAAAAUUAAAAGGAAGUAAAAGUAUAGAUAAUGUGUUCCUUUAAACUUAAAAAAGUGAAAGGGCAAAAACAUCAUAACCAAAUGUAAAUGAUAAAAUAAAUAAAAAAAUAGUAAAUUGAAUAGAGAGUAUAAACAGAUGAUGGAAAUAGUUCUAAAAGAUUUAAUUUAAAAACAAAAAAUUUAUCAUUAGCAGCUGUUUCACUUGAAGUAUUAAUUAAAAAAAUAAUAUUAGAAAAAAGAAAACUCAAAAUAAGUAUCAACUACUAAGUAAUCUUAUAAUUAAUCACCUUCUAAUUAAUAAAAAUUAUUAUUAAAUAAGUCAAAAUUAAAAGAUAAAUAUUUGUUUGAUAUGGUAAUUUUAAUGAUUAUAUUUAAUAGUUAAAAAAUGCUCAAAUGAUAUCAAAUCAAUAUUAACAAUACUUUAAUUUGAAGUAAAAUAAGUAAUCUAUAUAAUCAGACACCUCAACAAAUCAUAGAUAAUCAAUCGAAGAUAUGUUAAUAAGCUAAAAAUCUGCAAAAGGAUCUCCUCCACCUUAUUCUUCAAAAUUACAAAAAAAGACAGAAGGUGAUUCCAAAUCUCUUAAUUAAGGUUAUUCAAAAACUGAAUAGACUCCUAUGAUAAAAUAAUAAUCGAAAACUAAAAUUGAAGAAUAACUAUAAUAUGAUUCUAAAAAAAAACUUCAAAUUGUUUUAUUUUAUAAACAAACAAAGUAAAUUUGAUUUAUAUAACUUUAGAUAUUACUAUUUAUAUGAUUACAUAAAUUAAAGAACAGAUAAUUUAUAUAAUUUUCUGAUUGAAUAAAUUGCAAGUAUAGAGGUGACAUCAGUAAAAGUAGAAGGGGGAGGUACAGGUUCAACAGAAGAUUAACAUAUUUAAGAAGGUAGUUUAAUUAUUAAUUUAGAAUUGGAUAAGAUUUGCCAAUUUAUCACAGUAACAAAAAAUAUUCCAUAUGAUUACUAUUUAUCAUUACCAGAUCUACCUUUAAAUGUAUUUUAAGGAAUAACACUUGAAUUGUAACCAUAAUAUGCUUAGCCUUAAGUAACAAAGAGAGUUGGAUUGAAAGAUUUUAAUUUAAUAAAAUGUAUAGGAGUAGGAGGUUUUUCAAGAGUUUAUUUGGUGAAAAAAAAAGAUAAUGGAUAAUUUUAUGCUUUAAAACUAAUUGAUAAAAAAUUUAUAUUUGAUAAUGCUAAAGAAGUGAUUGUUUAAAAUGAGAGAGAUAUAAUGGUAAGAAUGGAAAAUUAAUAUAUAACAAAAUUACAUUAUGCUUUUGAAACAAGAUUUUAUAUUGCUUUUGUUUUAGAAUAUUGUGCAGGUGGAGAAUUGUUUUAUCAUUUGAGAAAAUUAAAAAGACUUAGUGAAUAAGAGGCUAAAUAUUAUUUUGUUGAAAUAUGUAUAGGUAUGGCCUAUUUGCAUUCAUAACAAAUUGUAUAUAGAGAUAUUAAACCUGAAAAUAUUUUAUUAGAUUUAUAAGGUCAUAUGAUGUUAAGCGAUUUUGGACUAUCAAAACCAAAUAUGGAAGAUGGAGAAUUAGCUUAUUCUUUUUGUGGAUCUCCUGAGUAUAUGGCUCCAGAAAUGCUAAUGAAAUCAGGACAUAGUUAUUUGGUAGAUUGCUAUUGCCUUGGAGCUCUUCUAUAUGAAUUAGUUUCAGGAUUACCUCCUUUUUAUUCUCAUAAUACUGAAGAAAUUUAUAAUUCAAUAUUAACUGAAAAAGUUUAAUUUCCAGACUAUGUAUAGAUCUCUGAUCAAUUAAAAGAUUUAAUAAUUAAACUUCUUUAAAAGGAUCCUAAUAAAAGAUUAGGAUAAAAUGGAGGUAUUGUUGAAAUCUUAACUCAUCCUUGGUUUCAUGAUGUUGAUUUUGAAGGAAUUGUAAAUUAAAAUCUUCUACCUCCUUAUAAACCAGAACCUUUGAAAUAUAAUUUUGAUGAAGAAGAAUUUAACAAAGGAGAUGCUGAAUUUAGAAAAUAAUAUACAUAAAAUCUUUAAUAUGAAUUUUAAGUAUAUACAUAUCACAUAAUAUUUUCUAGAACGUUGAUGAUGCAAAUUAUGAAUUGGAUAACUUUUAUUAUGCACGGCCUUAACCAGAAUUUAUAAAUAGAACAAAUUUAGUUAAUACAAGUAAAAUAGUUUCAGAAAUAGUUUAAAAAGAAUCAUUAUCUCCUAAUAAAUAAACAAUAUCAAAAGUUAAGGUAAAUAUAAUAAAAAAAAGCUUUUAGCAUUCACCUUAAGAAAAUAAAAAAGCAUUGAGACCUAAUAUAAAGAGUGAAGCUCAUGAUUAUUUCAAAAAACAUAAUCUUUUGACAAAGUCUUCAUAGAUUCUUCAAUAAUCUUUAAAAUUAGGUCAUGCAUAUUCAAAAACCUUAUAAUAACCUUAAAUGUCUAUGCAAGAUUUAAAAGUAUGCAAAAAAUAAUAUUUAGAAAUUAAAAUUAUUAUUUGAUCAAUCUAAAUAGUUAUUAAGUUCUGAUAGAAUGACUACAAUUCCAGAACAGAAUAAUAAAAACGUAAUAGAGAGACUUAAAACAGAAUAAUUUGGUAACCUACCUUCUCCAAAAACCACAACUCAUACUACUGAAAAUAAAUUAGCAAAGUUUUCUAAAUUAUUUGGAUCAGAAAAGAGAAAAAAAUGAAAAUG